AUGGAGGCAGAUGAAGUCAUCUUCAAGGAAUAUGUUGAGAGCACAAAGCAAUUCCACUUUGGACCACUGCUGUGUGGGAAAUCAAGAGAGUGUUUCACCCUGAAGGGUGCAGGUCCCAGGACACGAGAUGUGGCAUCCCACUUCACUGUUGCACCUCAGUCAGGCGUCCUGAUUGCCUCCCAGCCUGGUGUGAAUGUUGAGAUCCUCUUCCACCCCACAAGUGAGAUGCUCCUCAAGAACAAGCCCAUCCUGUACUGCCAGGUGAUAGAUGCCAGCUCAGGUGAAGGAGGCCAGGCUGUCGCCAUCAUCCCAGUGAAUGUGUCAGCAAAAGCUGUGUACAGCAAGUACAGCAUUGAGCCUGCCUCACCCAUCAACUUUGGAGCCAUGAUCAAGGGCACCAAGAAGACCCAGACUGUUGUGCUGGAGAACAAAGGCAUGCUCAACUUCAAAUUCUACAUCCGCCAAGUACCCGAGGAGACAUCUACAUCAGAAAGCAAGAGUUCAAAGCAAGGGGAAUCUGCUCCACUGGCUACAAAGCAAUCAACAGCAAGGAAACCAAGCUCCUUGACACAGAGUCACCUCAGUCUUGGCAUGUUCACGGUGUCCCCCUGCUCCGGCUCCAUCAGUCCGUGGGGCCAGCAGAAGAUCACAGUGGAAUGCCUCGCAGGGCAGGAGGGGACAUGUGAGGAGCAGCUCUACAUUGACAUCCCGGGCAGAGACCCCAGGGACAAUCCCCUCGGCAUUCCCUUCACCCUGAUUGCCGAGUCCUGCCUCACAGGUACAUACUGCCCACAGUGCCCUUGGUCACACCUGCUGCUGAUCACACUUGUUGAGGACAUCACGUUGAUCUUCAAGGAGUACUUGAUCUGCAGCAGCACCGACCUCAGCCACAAGCUGCAGUCGGUGAAAGGCACGGGCCUGUUCAUCGGAGAUGAGAACAAAUUCAUCUUCAACAAGGUUCUGGUUGGAUGCAUUGCUGCCUGUGGCCCAGACUAG